GUUUCCGGUUAUACCGCAGUGCGUUCAAGAGAGACCAGCCACCAUGGAUAUCCGACCAAACCACACGAUUUAUAUCAACAAUAUGAACGACAAAGUCAACAAGGAUGAGCUGAAGCGGUCGCUCUACGCCCUGUUUUCUCAGUUCGGUCAGAUCGUCGACAUCGUUGCAAUGAAGACGUCCAAGAUGCGCGGCCAGGCCUUUGUUGUGUUCAAAGAGCUGGCCGCCUCGACCAACGCCCUGCGACAACUACAGGGCUUCCCCUUCUACAACAAACCCAUGCGCAUCCAGUAUGCCAAGACCGACUCGGAGGUGAUCGCAAAGAUGAGGGGAACGUACGGAGACAAGGACAAGAAGAAGGACAAGAAGAAGAAGGGCCCUGAGGUGCUGACCAGCCUAGCCAAGAAGCCAGGGCCAGUGGCACUCACCCCGCAGACAAACAGCCCAGCUGCCCCGGUACCGGACAAUCCUCCCAACUACAUCCUGUUCCUUAGCAACCUGCCGGAGGAGACCAAUGAGAUGAUGCUGUCCAUGCUCUUCAACCAGUUCCCGGGGUUCAAGGAGGUGCGCUUGGUUCCGGGGAAACACGACAUCGCCUUUGUGGAGUUUGAGGGCGAGGCUCUGGCGGGCGUGGCUAAAGACGCCCUGCAGGGCUUCAGGAUCACCGCCACCUGCGCCAUGAAGAUCACCUACGCCAAGAAGUAGUUUCCUGUACCUCCCGCGGGAGAGAGAGGAGGGGGAGACUUUGGGAGGGGAGGGGGGGGGGGGGGGGUGCGAGAGAUGCUGAAAGGGUUCCUGGAUUUCCGUUCAGAUUUUUGUAAAAGUUGCGGAUCGUCCUGGAGGUUUUUUUAUUUUAUUUGUAUGGAGAGUCUUAUUGUUGGACCAUGAAAGGAGUUUGUUUUCUAAUAAACGGUAUUAAAAGA